AUGCCGAAGAGAUCGCGCGGUUUGGCGAAUCUGUUCGCACAGACCUGCGAGGCGUGUUAUGGCUACUUUGACACCACGCAAGGCCUAAUGGCUCACCAGUCAACCAGCCGCCAAUGCCGCUGGUACAAGAAAGGAAAGCUGAGGGAAAUCUUCGUGGAUUCUGAGGACUCUAGCAGCGAGGAUGAAGCGGUGCGAGAAGAUCGGGACGAGGACGAGGAAGAGGACGAGGAAGAGGGCGAAUACGAGGACGAGGACGAAGCGCAAGACCUCAUCUUCGUGCCUACCGCCGGGCCGAGUCGCGCUGCAAGAACAGCAGAGUCCUCGUCAGCACCAGCGCGACGCACAGCCAUUGCGUUGGAUGACGAGGACGACACUCGAGUUGAGGUUGUAGACGAGAAGGCAGGGAGGGUAACUGGAGAGAGAGAGACCGUUCAAGAAGCUUGGCGCCGUCAUCUCGCAAAGAGGAAAGAGAACCAGACGCAAAGAGACACAGACGAAGACGAGUCUCCUAGACCAUUAUGGGAGCCGUUCGAAUCCGAAACGGACUGGGAAAUCGCCUCCUGGUGUAUCAAAGAGGGUAUCAGUCAAGGUGCGGUGGAUAGGUUUCUCAAAAUACCUAAGGUCAAGGAGAAGCUAGGGCUCUCGUAUCAUAACACAAGAGCACUCUUGCAAAAGGUUGACUCCCUACCGGAGCGUGCGCGGUGGAAGGAACGUUGGCUUUCGUUCAAGGAUCGACCUGGCGAACGCCACCUUCUGCAAUUUCGCUGCAUUAUUGAAGCCAUCAAGGCUUUGCUGGGCAAUCCGGCUCAUGCCGACCACAUCGUCUAUCGACCGAGCUGGAUGUUCUCGGACGAGACGAAGAAGAACCGCAUCUAUUCAGAGAUGUGGACCGGGAAGUGGUGGCACGCCGUACAGGUGAGUAUUGUAUUGAUUACUCAAAGACUAUGA